UAUUUUUAGAAAUUAUGCAAAAAAUACAAAUGUUACUAGUUCAUAAUAAAUUGUGUGAUUCAGUGAUCAGAUUGUGAACAAAGAAUAUCGCAAUGAGUCGAGUGAUCGACGAAUCGACACCUUUUGAUGAUAAAUAUCGGUUGGAUUUAUGCAUCAAAACGGGUCGAUUUAGUUGUAUCUAUCGGUGCACUAAUAAGUAUAAGCCGGAUAAAUUUGUGGUCAAAAUAAUCGAUUACUCCAAGUUAUCAUUUGACGACAACUUGUGUGUGGGCACAGCUUUGAAAGACGAGUGUCAGUGCUAUGAGAGAGUGGUUCACAAACACAUCGCACAGAUAUACGAGUCUUACGUCCUGUCCAACAGAAUCGUAUGUCUUGUCUAUGAAUUGUGAGUCAAUA